AUGGUGGAAGGUGGCGUGACGUUGGUAAAAUACCUCCUUUUCCUGGCAAAUUUUAUUUUAUGGGUGAGUUUUUGUGGUUUUUUUUCAUUUUUUGGGGUUUUUGGGAUUUGACACAUGGAAAUGUCCAUUCUAACAAGGGAAGUCGUUCAGAUCGCAAAUGAGUUGAGCUGUGGGACCGGUUUAUUCUGAUUCUCCAUAUUCGAAAACGGUAAGAGCUAAAACAGUUUUUCCGUCUGGGCCCUAGUUUUCGAGAAAAUCAACCGUAAAGUUUGACCCCGCUAAAUAGUCCUCACUCCGAAAGGCCUUUGGAACAUCAGCCAAAUGGCAGAGGGCGAGUGAAAACUCUCUCAAAAUUCUUUUGUCCGGGAUGCCGGGGAAGGUUCGAGUCCCGCUAGGCUCAAACCCAUUUCCAAAGAGCUUUGUUAUCGAAAAUAAAAAAAAAAUAAAAUUUUUUUAGUUUUUUGUGUUGAAGUGUACCCCAAUAAUUUCAGAUCAAAUAGUUUUUUUUAAGAAUAAACACUUCAUUUUUGAGUUCAGCGCAGAAAUAUGCUUAUUUGGCAUACAUUUCAAUAUUUUCUCCAAAGUAUGUAAAAGGAAAAAUUUAUUUUUUUGUGUUGCAACUACUAUGAAUUUAUACAUCAUGGUUUGCUCCUAGCGGGACUCGAACCUUCCCCGGCAUCCCGGACAAAAGAAUUUUGAGAGCGUUUUCACUCGCCCUCCGCCAUUUGGCUCUUGUUCCAAAGGCCUUUCGGAGCGAGGACUAUUUAGCGGGGUCAAACUUUACGGUCGAUUUUCUCGAAAACUAGGGCCCAGACGGAAAAACUGUUUUAGCUCUUACCGUUUUCGAAUAUGGAGAAUCAGAAUAUACCGGUCCAUAGCUCAACUCAUUUGCGAUCUGAACGACUUCCCUUCGUUUCAAACUGACCGCUCAAGAUUCCGCUAACUCAAAAACUUUGGAAGGAAUUUCAAAAAUUCCUCCUUGAACAUGACGUUUUAGCUCAUGAUCGGUCAGAUCGGUCAUGCGAACGGUUAUGUUGUUGGGCAUAACCAGAGAAUUCGAAAAAACCCAUCUUUUGAACUUUUUUUUCUGUCCGGACCGUAGUAAACACAAUGUCGCUGUGUCAAUCACAUCGCUGAAGUGAAAAGCAAUUUGAUUUCGUCGCGACACAAUUCAUUUUCUCGGUGGCGAUGCGAUUUUCAACGCCGCUGAGUACUCAUUAUUUUCCAGAUAGCAUCCUAUUUCUCUAAAACAUUCCCCUUUACAUCUUUCUCCACCCAAACCAAACUCCCUGUUUCAGGUAUGCGGGCUCGGGCUAAUCAUCACCGGCGCAGUGCUUCAACUCAAAUACACGGGUCUUCUCGACAUCCUGGGCGACGAACGGCUCGCCACGCCGAUCCUUCUUCUCGGCGCCGGCUGCAUUUGCGCGUUGCUCGGAUUCCUGGGAUGCUGUGGCGCCAUCCGCGAGAAUUAUUGUCUCACAGUCAGCUUCGCGGUCUUGUUAGCAUUGCUGCUGUUGACGGAGACAGCGGCAGCAAUCGCAGCGUACGCGCUGCACGAGCCGCUGCAUGAUGCGCUGAUCAAUCAGCUGACACAGGUAAGAAUUGUGGGAAUAGGGGUCUAAUUUGAUGAACUUGGCGGGCAGGUCGGUCAAGACGAUAGGGCAGCUUGAAAAAUAAUUUUUUUUUUGAUUUUGCCGGUAGGAUUAAGUCUUCGACAAAAUUUUGGCAAAAAAUCGGUCAAACAUAGAGUUUGACUGGUCAUUUUGGGCCAGUUGCCUGGCAAACUUGGUCUUGUUCAGCCGUUGGUAAAAUUAGGUUGGAAUGUAGUUUCUAUGAACGGUCAUUUUUUGACAAAUUGACCGGUCAUUUUUUGGUAGGAUGACAAAAAUUAUCAGUCUGUCGGGAAAAUAAUGUGGAUUCGUUGAGACUUAGAAAUUGCCCAAAACCGCUUUGCGACGGCUAGCUGGAGAUUUGAUGCGCGGCUGCGACGAGGUGAGACAUUUUGCAGCGACAAAUCCACAUUAUUUCCCCGACAGAUUGAUAUGUAAUAUUUUGAACUUGAAAUAUAGACGGUCAUCUUGCCCAAUCUGACCGGGAAACUUGCUCCAAAUGAGGUCAUAAAAAAUUAAUUCCAACGAGUUUUUAAUACUUUUUACCAAUGACUAUAAGUUUGACCAAAAUGGUAUUUUCAAAAAGUCUUAACAUUUGAAAUUUCACUCUAUAAUUUCUCUAAAAUUCCUUCAAAUAUCCCAGUUACGCUUUCAAUUUUUUUCAGGGCCUCCAAAACUACAACAAGUCGCGAGGCGUGGCGCUCGCCUGGGACGAGACGCAACGCGAGCUGGAGUGUUGCGGCGUGAACAACGCGAGCGACUGGCGGGCGGUCCCCGACUCCUGUUGCACGCACUUCCACGCGGGCUGCGCCAGAAUGGCGACCCCUUCAUUCCACGAGACCGGCUGCAUUUCGGCGGUCCAGAAGUGGAUUCUGACGAACGCUGCGAUCGUCGGCGGAAUCUCGGCGGUGAUUGGGGCGGUGCAGGUGGUCGGGAUCUGCUUUGCGUGCUGCUUAUCGAAGAGCAUUUUGAAGGAUUAUCAUGACUAUUUCUAUUAG